UGGAGGGCGAAAGAAGAAUAAAAAGCAAAGUGAAGAAAAUUCCAAACUAAGUUAGCUGAAAGAAUUGAAUUAAGAUUGAGAGAGAGAAAGAGUUUUAAGUAAUAAUAAUAAAUCUUUGGAUAUCUGUUUUGGUUUGAACUUUGACCACUGCCUCUUUUGGGUCCCACCACCCUUCUCUCUAAAAUCUCUCACUUUCCUAAACAGACAGACCCCUUAUGAGUUUCCUCCUUCUUCUUCUUCUUCCCAGAAAUUUCCGAUUUCAUUUUCGCAACUCUCUUUCUCUCUCUCUAGCCGCAGUUUCAGUUUGGUCUCCUUAGAAUUGUCUUGUCUCUCUUCCAGAUGAAAUUGUGAGUUCUCAGAGUUAUAUGCAUCCGUUAGAAUCAAAGUGGUAAUCAAAACAGAUUUUAGAAGAUUGAAACGAUGGUUUUGGGGUGUUUCCCUUUGAAAAGCAAGAAGAAACGUGGCUCUGUUUCUAUGAAACGGUUGGAUCUUGAAGAAAGCAAGCCAACUGCUUUACCUGAGCCACCAAAGAUUCCAAGUCGUAAUUUACAAUCAGCUCCUCCGAGUUUCAGAACUCGUGUGAAGCCAAUUCAAUCUAACAACGGUGGAACCGGAGAGAUGAGUAGUCGGGCAAGAGUCAUGUCUGCUCCGUCAAGCAUCCACGGUGCAGCGGAACGGGAUUUGCUUGCUGGUGUUUACCACGACGAGCAAGAUGAACAACCAAGAGAUCCACGUACUUCUACUAAAGAGUCUAGCCCUCAACCGCUUCCGUUACCAUCACCAAGAACUGGUUCUUCGUUGAAGAAUUGGGGGAGCUUUAAGUCGUUUAACGGAAGCAGCGGUCGGUUAUCCUCAUCAGCGGCUGUAUCUGGACCUUUACCUUUGCCACCUAGCGGGUCAGUUAGGAGCUUUUCAUAUGAUGAAGUUAUGGCUGCCUGUAACGCCUUUUCGUCUGACCGAUGCGUCGUGGAGGGUCUUUCAUCUGUUAUGUAUAUGGCUUCCUUUGGUGAUGAGGCUUCGACCUCAGGCUUAAAGAAGGUUGACGCAACUGUUGUGCGACUUCACGUAACUACUCAGAGUAUCAGGGAGUUCAUUAAUGAAGUCAACACAUUGGCGUCGCUGCUACACCAGAAUCUUUGUAAGCUGGUAGGCUAUCAUGCCCGUGACGGUUCUGACACAAGAAUGUUGGUGUACGAGAGGCUUGCUCUCGGGAGCCUGGACCGGUUGCUCCAUGGGAGAUCAGAUGGGCCUCCUCUUGAUUGGAACACUAGAAUGAAGAUUGCGCUAUGCGCAGCCCAGGGCCUAACCUUCUUGCACGAAGAAGGCCCUUUUCAGGCAAUGUACAAUGAAUUUUCGACGGCGAAUAUCCAAGUCGAUAAAGAUUUCAGCGCCAAGCUAUCAGGAUACGGUUGCGCAGGCCAUGCGCCUGAGACAGAGACAUCUAAUAGUUCAGUACUUGCGAAUCUCCCGGUCGAGACGCUAGAGAGAGGGAUUUUGACCCCGAAGAGCAAUGUGUGGAGCUAUGGAAUAGUUCUUCUUGAGAUGUUGACGGGGCGGAAAAACAUGGACGGUUCUUACCCGAAAGAAGAGAGGAACUUGGUGAAAUGGAGCAGAGCUUUCCUAGCAGACGAUUGCAGGCUCUCGCUUAUAAUGGAUCCUCAGCUUAAAGGUCGGUUUCCAGCAAAAGCGGCAAGGAGCAUAGCAGAUAUAGCACAGAAAUGUCUGCAGGUGGAGCCAUCAGAGCGUCCAACCAUGAGAAACAUUGUGGAUCAACUUAAGAUCAUACAGGACAUGAAGUACUCGUGUAGGUUCCCGUUAAGAGAACCCGCGCCAGUCGCGGCAAGGAAACAUAUGGGAAGAUCAAGCAGUCUCAACACGAUUAUUUGGACCCCGUCAUCAGUACCACCAAGGUCGAGUUUUUCACCGUCGCCUCCACCACGACGACCGUCGGUGUCACCCACAAGGGGACGGGCGCUCGUGUUUCCGCCAGUGUUUCCGCCGCGAGCGUGUUCAUCGUUGGAGGAAAUGGCUAGGGAAGAGGUUCGGAGAUCGUCUUCAGCCAGUGGUAGGAGAACUAGCCUCGAAGGGUUUUGAUUUGUUCAUAUCUCUCUUCUUUCUUCUUUUCCUAUUUGUUUUUAAUUUUUGGCGUUGAUUUGUUUUUUGGAUUCCAAAUAUAAAAAGUUUGUUUUUUUCUUUUUUCUUUUUGUUAUUUAUGAAUCCGGACGUCGAUAGAGAGGGUUUGUGAUGUUGUACAUAAUAAUCAACAUUUCUUCUUUCAGAUUAAAAAGAGAUUCGAAGUA